UUAUCUAUUUAUCGUACCACGGCGUCAUUGAUUAACUAUAGACAAUAAUUUUUCGUAUACCAAUAUAGUCGAUUUAUUUCCAUCAUAAACAUGUAUGUUUUUGUAUGUUUUGUGAAUUGUUUAUUCUUUGACAAAUUAUUUAAGAGGUUAGGACAAAAAUGGAAGAAAGUAAAUCAUUUUCAGUAGAUCAAACUCGAACUGAUUAUGAUUCGGGCUACUCUUGUACAUCAACCCAAUCUAAAUACAGUACUAAAUCACAGCUUCAAGAACCAUCCACGGAAUUAAGCUUUGAAGAACAGAGUUCGACUAUAUUGACAACUGAUAAAGAAAGGGAAAUUUCAACUGUAAAAUCCACAUCUACCGAUCAAUCAAGCCAAAAUAUAUUAAGAGGGUUAAACACUAAUCAAAAACCAAGUACUACUUGUUCAAAAUCUAAACAGAAAAAUCCAACAACAUAUAAACCACAAACAAACCAAUUAUGCAUCAAUGCUUCUACAUCAAAAAUGGAAUCUGAUGAUUUAAAGAAAGUUAAUAAUGACAUUAAAGUAGACCACAGUCAAGAAAAUAUGGCGUAUUUGCAAUUAUCUUACUUAUGUCAAUCAUAUCCUGAUAUAAAUCAAACAAACACAACUUCAAAUCCUACAAAUACAUUAACUAUUAUAGAUACUGUUUUAAAGGUAUUAAAAGACCAAGACAUACAAUUCAAUGAAACAAUCGAGUCAAAUGAUGUUCAAAAUGAUUCAUUUGGUGUUGUUGUGUCUAUGACUGAUGGUCUAAUUAUUGAUAUAUCAAAUAGUAUUAAUAAAAGUAUGGGUUAUCCAAAAGAUAUGUGGAAAAAUCGAUCAUUUAUUGAUUUUAUUCAUCCCAAUGAUCGGAUGACAUUUGUCAAUCAUAUAACAUCUAUUCUUACAGAUCCUUGCAUGAUUACUACAGCAGAUGGUGCAUCUGCAGUAACUUAUUUGAGACCCAAGACCAAUGAUGGAUUUUACUGUAAUAUGGGUUUUUCAAUUUCUGAAACCGAAAAUUACUAUAAAGUCUGUAAGCUUAUGAUAACAUUCAAAGAUUUAUCACAAGUGUCAACGACACCAAGUUUACCCCAAUUAGUUCUAGUUGUUAAAGCACAGCUAAUUCGCUCAGCAUACACAUGUCCUGAAGAAAAAAUAGAAAAUCCCACUCAAUUUAUCACUAAGCAUAAUGCGUUUUUUGAAUGGUGUUAUGCUGAUAAAUCAAUUACCUCAUACUUUGGAUAUCUACCACAAAAUUUUAUUGGGAAAUCAAUUUUUGACUAUUACUAUAUUGAGGACCUAACAACUAUUAAAGAAAUCCACGCAAAUUUGAUUAAAGCUAAGAAUAUAUCACUGAAAGGAAACCCUUAUCGAUUUAAAUGCCAAAAUGGUGAUUUUGCAUUAGUACAAACAGAAUGGUCAACUUUUGUAAAUCCUUGGUCUGGUCGAGUAGAAUUUGUGAUUGGUAAACACAAAGUCAUUCAGGGUCCUAUUAAUCCUGACGUCACAACUCUGGCUGAUAAUACUAUACCGGAAGAUAUAGAGACUAAAGAGGAAUAUAGCUUAAAUGAAACACCAACAAAUUUUGAGAGAACGACAAAUGAAAACAAAGAAGUUACUAAAAUUCCAUAUGAAACAAAUCAACUAAUGGAAAACAAUUCAAAAAAACAAAUAUCAAUGGAAUAUAAAGAUUUGACAGAAUGUAUGAAUUGCUUUGCACAUCCAUCAAUUCAAGUUCAUCUUAAUAACGAAGUAUUACCAGAAUUAUCUGGAAAUUAUUCUGACCUCGACUCUCCAUCUUUAUCUCAACAACACAACUAUGAGAGUAAAUCUAGUUCCGAUACACUGUUAAGUUAUACUGAACUUAAUUAUAAUGACAACAUACAAAGAUUUUUUAACAGCAAAGYAAAAACAAACUCAUCAGAAGAUUCAAGUUGUUCUAAAAAAUUUACUCCAAGAGAAGUCGCUUCUUUUGAAACAGAUGCAACUAAAGUUCAACCAAAUUCAAUACAAUUGUCUCAAAGUGAAACACCAAUUUUAAAUAGGCUUGUGACUCAAAAUUCUUCUAGUUAUGAUGCAGAACAACAAAGUGAACAAAGUGCAAGUAAAAAUUGUCAACUCACUCAAAAAAUGCUUUUACGUCAUAAUGAAAAAAUGGAAUGUGAUCUCGUCAAACAGCAUAAACAAAACAAAUCAUCCAAAAAACAAAAUUUCUCAAAACAAACUAUACAAAUUACUGAUAUAGCGCAUGGAAUAAAACGUAAAAAUCCAACUGCAAAUGAGAACAAAUCAUUCAAGCUUUCUAAAAGAAAAUGUCCUUCAAAUAGCAKUGGUCCGACUAAUGUAACACAACCAUUCAAGCCUCAAGACAUUGCUGCUAUACCUACUGUUGCUAGAUCAACACAAAUUUGGUCUUUUUGUCAAAUUACACGAGAUUCACAAACAAUGACUGAUUUACCACCAAUACAGCCACAAGAUUUACCAACCCCAUACCAAAAACCAGUUUUACCAAGUCAAGCACUAAUUGUACCAUGUCAACCACUUGUCUACAAUGUACUUCUAAGUAAUAAUGUGAUGCCUGUACAAAAUAAAUGUAAUUUUAUGGACAUCAAGUUUGAAAAUAAUCCAGAAACAUUAUCUACUAAGUUACAAUCAUUAAGUAUGCCGAGUCACAUAACUGAAAAUCCUCAACUUUUACAUAUGGAACAACAGUUACAUAUACAACAACUAUACCAGAAUAUUGAAAAUAAAAAUGAAACAUCAAUUCAAUCGGGAAACUGUGACCAGAAUAAUCGAAAGAAAACAAAAGCUUCACAAGUAAACCAAGAAGAAGUUAUCACUAGUUCUGAUUCCGAUUUUAAAAAAAAAUCUGGGAGUUUAAAAUCAAGUAGUGGAUGGAUGUAUGAAGACAGCAGUUACUAUUCAUCAAGUUUGCGAGAGACCGACAGUAGUGAAAGAGAAGACUUUCCUUCGCUGAAUGUAUUUGAAAAAACAAACUAUUCUCAUCAGUUAAUUAAAAAGCAACCAUUUUGGAUKGAAGAUAUUGUUUCAACUCCAGAUUUAGUCUAUCGGUACCAAAUGGACUAUGGAGACUUAAACGAAGUGUUGCGUAAAGAUAUGAACACAUUAAAUACAUUUACUCAGCCUCUGUUAGUUAACGAACAGUUAAAACAGCUAUGCGUGGAAAUAGAUGUAAAUGGUUCUUCUAAGACAUCUUACUUUGAAGACGGAACUUCAUCAAGCAGUGAUGGAGAUGAAUGUUAUAUUUCUAUUGGAAGAAAUAAAAGAAGAAGAAUUGAUUUCUGCAGAAUGGCAAUGAUUUAUGAAGAGGAUGCUUUAAUACCACCACCAACAACUUCACCACAUAAUAAGUUAUCAAAAAGUGAUCAGUCAACAUCUUAAAUUUGUCAUUUUAAAAAUAAAAAUAACUUAACCAAUUCAGCAUCACUAAAUGUAUAUACAAUUGUAUAU